GUGACGUGUAACCAACAUGGCGGCGCCGUGCUGAGGUAGCAGCAGCUCUAGCCUGGCUUUCGUUAGCUUCCAUCCGUCAUCCUGCUUAACAUUUGCGGGGCCAGGCCGGAGAUGACGGCCUGAGAGAGGAUCGUUGACCAGACCCGAGAGAUGCAGCAGCAACAACAACAACAACAGCAACAACCGCAGCAACAUCAGCGGCUCCCGACGCCACAGCAGCAGUCCAAGGCAGAAAAGGGGAAAACUAAGAGCAUGUUUCUGUCCAGGGCGCUGGAGAAAAUCCUCUCGGAUAAGGAGGUGAAGAGGAGCCAGCACAGCCAGCUGCGCAUUGCCUGUCAGGUGGCACUCGAUGAAAUCAAAGAAGAGCUGGAGAAACAAAAGGACGGUACAGUCGUCCCGCCCAGAGCCAACUACAUCGAGGCCGACAAAUAUGUGCUGCCGUUUGAGUUGGCCUGUCACUCCAAGUCCCCCCGGAUAGUUAGCACCUCUCUGGAUUGUCUGCAGAAGCUGAUCGCGUACGGCCACAUCACAGGAAACGCCCCUGACGGCAGAACUCCGGGCAAGAGGCUGAUCGACCGGCUGGUGGAAACCAUCUGCGCCUGCUUCCAGGGCCCGCAGACCGACGAGGGAGUCCAGCUCCAGAUCAUCAAGGCCCUGCUGACGGCGGUGACCUCCCCGCACAUAGAGAUUCACGAGGGAACGGUUCUCCUCACCGUCAGGACCUGCUACAACAUCUACCUGGCCAGUCGCAACCUCAUCAACCAGACCACCGCCAAGGCCACGCUCACGCAGAUGCUCAAUGUGAUCUUCACACGCAUGGAAAACCAGGCUGCUCUGGAGGCUCAGGAGCAGGAGAAGGACCGACUCCGUCUGCCUCAACAGAACCCGUCCCCGGUCCCGAGCAGCCGGAGGUCCGGCGGCUCGCCCCGGUCCGACCGAACGCCUACUCCGGACCCCCAGAGCUCCCCGUCCCCGGCGGCCAGUACACCAGACCUCACCAACGCCACCAGCUCCACGCCCCCACCACCGGCUCCAGACCAGGACCAGGACCAGGACCAGGACCAGGACCAGGACCCGGACCAGGCACCGGACGCAUCAUCAAUGAACGGAGAAGCCGAGGGCAGCAACACACCAACGAGAGAUUCAGUUUUUGAAGACGAGGCUGCAGAGACGUGUCACACAGCAGCGCAGCAAACUGAAGAAGGCGACAAACCAGAGACCAGUUCAAACCCAGCACAGACUGAAGCAGAGGACACAGAACAACAGCCGGCGCAAACUCACAGUGGAACAGGAGGCGAGCCCCCGGUCCACCCUGUUACCGAGCAGACAGAAGUAGCCCCCCCGCGAGCCAGGACGGAGGGGGGUCAGCAGUUGAACGGCAUCAUCGAGGACCGCUCUUCUGUUUCCUCCAGCGACAUGCUGGAUGCCGAGGCCCUGCAGGGACCCCACAACGCUGCCCGGUUCUCUCACAUCCUGCAGAAAGACGCCUUCUUGGUUUUCCGCUCUCUGUGCAAACUCUCCAUGAAGCCACUCGCCGAUGGACCUCCAGACCCGAAAUCUCACGAGUUGCGGUCAAAGAUCGUCUCUCUGCAGCUGCUGCUCUCCGUGCUGCAGGGUGCAGGGCCGGUGUUUCGCACCCACGAGAUGUUUGUGAACGCCAUCAAGCAGUAUCUGUGCGUGGCCUUGUCCAAAAACGGGGUCUCCUCUGUGCCUGAGGUCUUUGAGCUCUCGCUGGCCAUUUUCCUCACGCUGCUCUCCCACUUCAAGGUCCACCUGAAGAUGCAGAUUGAGGUGUUUUUCCGGGAGAUCUUUUUGACCAUCCUGGAGACGUCGACGAGCUCCUUUGAGCACAAAUGGAUGGUUAUCCAGACACUGACACGCAUUUGUGCAGAUGCCCAAUGUGUGGUUGACAUCUACGUAAACUACGACUGUGACCUAAAUGCCGCCAACAUUUUUGAGCGCCUCGUCAAUGACCUGUCUAAGAUCGCUCAGGGCCGGAGCGGCCAGGAGCUCGGGAUGACUCCUCUGCAGGAGCUGAGUCUGCGCAAAAAGGGUUUGGAGUGUCUGGUGUCCAUCCUCAAAUGUAUGGUGGAGUGGAGCAAAGACAUGUACGUCAAUCCGAACCUUCAAGCGAACCUGGGCCAGGAGCAUCCUUCGGACAAUGAGGGAGCGGAGCUGAAGCUCCCGGAGCCGAUGUCCGGACGUCGAGACAGCGUCAGCUCCCUGGACUCCACCGUGUCCUCCAGCGUCCCACCGUCCCAGGCAGAUCACCCGGAGCAGUACGAGGUCAUCAAACAGCAGAAGGACAUCAUUGAGCACGGCAUUGAACUCUUCAACAAGAAGCCGAAGCGCGGCAUCCAGUACCUGCAGGACCAGGGGAUGCUGGGCGCCUCGGUGGAGGAUAUCGCUCAGUUCCUGCACCAGGAGGACAGACUUGACACAACGCAGGUCGGCGAGUACCUGGGCGAGAACCUCAAGUUCAACAAGGAGGUGAUGUACAGCUACGUGGACCAGCUGGACUUUUGCGGGAGGGACUUUGUCUCGGCUCUGAGGGCGUUCCUGGAGGGCUUCAGGCUUCCUGGGGAGGCCCAGAAGAUCGACAGGCUGAUGGAGAAGUUUGCUGCUCGGUACCUGGAGUGCAACCAGGGACAGACGUUGUUUGCUAGCGCAGACACUGCCUACGUGCUGGCGUACUCCAUCAUCAUGCUCACCACAGACCUGCACAGUCCUCAGGUGAAGAACAAAAUGACGAAGGAGCAGUACAUCAAGAUGAACCGCGGCAUCAACGACAGCAAGGACCUGCCCGAGGAGUAUCUGUCCUCGAUAUACGACGAGAUCGCGGGCAAGAAGAUCGCCAUGAAGGAGAGCAAAGAGUUUUCUAUCACCCCGAAGUCCUCCAAGCAGAAUGUAGCCAGCGAGAAGCAGCGUCGCCUCUUGUACAACGUGGAAAUGGAGCAGAUGGCGAAGACGGCCAAAGCUCUGAUGGAGGCGGUGAGCCACGCUCAGGCGCCCUUCUUCAGCGCCACGCACCUGGAGCACGUCAGGCCCAUGUUCAAGCUGGCGUGGACUCCACUGCUGGCAGCGUUCAGCGUGGGGCUGCAGGACUGCGACGACCCGGAGGUGGCCUCGCUGUGUCUGGAGGGCAUUCGAUGCGCCAUCAGGAUCGCCUGCAUCUUCAGCAUGCAGCUGGAGCGAGAUGCGUAUGUUCAAGCUCUGGCGCGGUUCACCCUCCUGACGGCCAGUUCCAGCAUCACGGAGAUGAAGCAGAAGAACAUCGACACCAUUAAGACCCUCAUCACUGUGGCCCACACUGAUGGAAACUACCUGGGCAACUCCUGGCACGAGAUCCUGAGGUGCAUCAGUCAGCUGGAGCUCGCCCAGUUGAUCGGCACCGGUGUGAAGACACGCUACAUCUCAGGGGUGGUCCGGGACAGGGACACGGGCAUCAGAGGUUUACCCUCCGGCACAGAGGAGUUCAUGCCCCUGGGACUCGGUAACCUGGUGGGAAGUCAGGACAAGAGGCAGAUGGCUCAUAUCCAGGAGUCGGUGGGAGAAACCAGCUCUCAGAGUGUGGUGGUAGCUGUGGACAGGAUCUUCACCGGUUCCACCAGACUAGACGGAAACGCAAUCGUGGACUUUGUGCGCUUGCUGUGCGCGGUGUCCAUGGACGAGCUGGCCUCGACGCACCAGCCGAGGAUGUUCAGCCUGCAGAAGAUCGUGGAAAUAUCCUAUUACAACAUGAACCGCAUCAGGCUGCAGUGGUCUCGCAUCUGGCAGGUCAUAGGAGACCACUUCAACAAGGUGGGCUGUAACCCCAACGAGGACGUCGCCAUCUUCGCCGUGGAUUCGCUGAGGCAGCUCUCCAUGAAGUUCCUGGAGAAAGGGGAGCUGGCCAACUUCCGCUUCCAGAAAGACUUCCUGCGGCCCUUUGAACACAUCAUGAAGAAGAACAGGUCGCCCACUAUCAGAGACAUGGUGAUCAGGUGCGUGGCUCAGAUGGUGAACUCCCAGGCGGCCAACAUCCGCUCGGGCUGGAAGAACAUCUUCUCGGUGUUUCACCAGGCCGCCUCCGACCACGAUGAGACCAUAGUGGAGCUGGCCUUCCAGACCACGGGGCACAUAGUCAUGAACACCUUCAAGGAGCACUUUGCGGCCGCUAUCGAUUCCUUCCAGGACGCCGUCAAGUGUCUGUCGGAGUUCGUGUGCAACGCAGCUUUUCCCGACACCAGCAUGGAGGCGAUCAGGCUCAUCCGACACUGCGCGAAAUACGUCUCUGAAAGGCCCCAGGCUCUGAGGGAAUACACCAGCGACGACAUGAAUGUUGCCCCCGGCGAUCGGGUUUGGGUCCGCGGCUGGUUUCCCAUCCUGUUCGAGCUUUCCUGUAUCAUCAACCGCUGCAAACUGGACGUCCGCACCAGAGGUCUCACCGUCAUGUUCGAGAUCAUGAAGAGUUACGGCCACACCUUCGAGAAGCACUGGUGGCACGACCUCUUCAGGAUCGUCUUCCGCAUCUUCGACAACAUGAAGCUCCCUGAGCAGCAGACGGAGAAAACCGAGUGGAUGACGACGACGUGCAACCACGCGCUUUACGCCAUCUGUGACGUGUUCACCCAGUUUUAUGAGCCCCUCAGUGAGAUACUGCUGGCCGACAUCUUCACACAGCUACAGUGGUGUGUCAGGCAAGAUAACGAACAGCUGGCUCGGUCGGGGACCAACUGCCUGGAGAACCUGGUGAUUCUGAACAGGGAGAAGUUCAGCCCCGACGUCUGGAACAUCACCUGCUCCUGCAUGCUGGAGAUCUUCCAAAACACCAGCCCUCACGCUUUGUUGACUUGGCGACCGGCUGGACAGGAUGAGGAAGCUGCUGAUGGCAAGCAUUUUGAUGCUGAUUUCGACAGCCAGUCCCAGAGCAGCUACGACAGAGCUUUAUCCGAGAGAGGACACAGUCAGAUGUCCAGCGAUGACACCUGGAAGGGAAAGUCUAAUGCUAGAGUUUCAGAUCAGAAGCUGUUUGCGGGUCUGCUCAUUAAAUGCGUGGUGCAGCUGGAGCUGAUCCAGACCGUAGACAACAUCGUCUUCUUUCCAUCGACCAGCAAGAAGGAGGACGCCGAGAACAUGGCGGCAGCACAGCGAGACGCUCUGGAGGAGUCGGAGGCGGACGGGGGCGACUCCGGUCCGGACCAGGGGAUGUACAGGAACAUGACGUCGGCGCAUCUCUUCAAGCUGCUCGACUGUCUCCUGGAGUCCCACACCUUCGCCAAGGACUUCAACUCCAACAACGAGCAGAGGACGGCGCUCUGGAGGGCAGGAUUUAAAGGGAAGUCCAAGCCCAACCUGCUGAAGCAGGAGACCAGCAGCCUGGCCUGCAGCCUGAGGAUCCUGUUCAGGAUGUACUCGGACCCGAAGCUGCAGGACUCGUGGCCUGACAUCCAGACACGCCUGCUGCUGGUUUGCAGUGAAGCUCUGGGCUACUUCAUCGGUCUGACCUCAGAAAGUCACCGAGAGGCUUGGAACAGCCUCCUGAUGCUGCUGCUCACCAGGACACUACGGCUGCCCGACGACAAGUUCCAGCCCCACGCUUCCUGCUACUACCCCCACCUGUGUGAAAUGAUGCAGUUCGACCUGAUCCCGGAGCUGAGGGCCGUCCUGCGACGCUUCUUCCUUCGCAUCGGCUCCGUCUUCCGCAUCGCCGUCCUGGAAGGAGGCGCCCCCUCCUCCCGGACUCCCUCCUCGUCCUAGAACGAACGGGCGUACGGUGGAAAAGGCAUAUGAAAGUAGACGUACACCAGAUCUUUCUUUCUUCUCCUCCUCCUCCUCCUCCUCCUCCUCGUAUGGACUAGAUCGAGACGAGAAAGUGACUGUAGCUUUUUCAGGACUCUGCGUUUAAGUGUUCGGCUUUUUCUACUGCGCUCAGCUCGUAGAGAAACUUCUCCUCUCCCUCUGUUUGUUUUGGGGAUGAACAGCACUGUGACAUCACCCCGACCCCCCCACCCCAUCCCCACCCCACCCCCAACCUACCGCCUCUAAAUGAUCAGAAAAAAUCUGUAAACUAAUAAUUUAUUGAAAUGGUUGCAAACCCCCGUUACCUGAUUUGGACGGUUUGUUUCUCUGUUUUUUUCUUUUCCAUCAUCUUCGCCCUCGUGGAAAUCUUCUUUUUUUUUAUUAUUUUUUUGUUUAUUCCUCCUUCUCGGGGGCCACCUGUGCCUGUUAAAAAGAAAAUGGCCACCUAUUCAAAACGUGCUCCCGGCCCCGAAGCAUUACUCGUGAUGAUUCACGGUUUAUAAUACAGCUGCAGGUUGAAAACCAGUUCCUGAGAACACUAUCGGAAAAAAAAACCUGACGUCGUCCUGUCGUGUUCAUCGUCUCCUGCCUGUCCGUGAGAUUUUACCUAUUUAUUUUUUUUUUUGCUCUCAUCUGUUUUAUGGCUCGUGUUCCUGCAUAAAAUAAUUGCUGGUUUACAAUGAAAGGCUGGUUGAAAAGCAUUCCUGUGCAACUCAGAAAUACAAAAAAAAAAACAAAAAACAAAAACAGAGCCGUCUGGAUGGGGUUCUUCUGUAUUAACACCACUCAGUGUUGACUCGGUUCCACCGUCUCGUUUCGGGGGGAAACUGCGAAACCAAAACAUCCCACAGAGAGACUGGAUCCUUCCUCGGUUAUUCCAUCCCUUUUUUUUUUCGUUUGUUUGUUUGUUUGUUUGUUUUCUGUUUUAAAAGAAGGAUGUAUGUAAUUAUUUAAAGUGCAUUUAAAUAUUUUUUGAAGAGCAUUCUCUUUUUUUUUUUUCUUUUCUUUCCUUGCAACUAUGGAUGUCUACUCUUCUUCCCUAAAUCUAGGGAAUAUAUAAAUAUAUAUAAAUAUAAAUAUAUAUAUAUAUGAAUAUAUAUAUAUAGUAAAUGAACGAAAAAAAAAAUGCAGAAUGUAAAGUUUUCAAUGUAAGAUAAAUAGAAAUGAAAGUGCGGUUCUAUACAUAAUAUGUGAUGUAAUCUUCCGAGCAUUUGGUGAAGUAAUCAAUAAAUCUGAAUUCUGAUCCACUGA